AAUGAAAAUCUUUUCUGAGUCUCAUAAAACUGUUUUUGUUGUGGAUCACUGCCCGUAUAUGGCAGAGUCCUGCAGACAACACGUGGAAUUCGAUAUGUUAGUAAAGAAUCGGACCCAAGGAAUUAUACCUCUAGCACCCAUAUCAAAAUCACUAUGGACCUGUUCAGUGGAAUCAUCCAUGGAAUACUGUAGAAUAAUGUAUGAUAUUUUUCCUUUCAAGAAACUGGUGAAUUUCAUUGUGAGUGAUUCUGGGGCUCAUGUCUUGAAUUCUUGGACUCAGGAAGAUCAGAACUUGCAGGAGUUGAUGGCAGCAUUAGCAGCUGUUGGGCCACCUAAUCCGCGGGCAGAUCCGGAGUGCUGCAGCAUACUUCAUGGUCUGGUUGCAGCAGUUGAGGCACUCUGCAAAAUAACAGAAUACCAGCAUGAGGCUCGGACCAUGCUCAUGGAGAACGCAGAACGGGUCGGAAACAGAGGAAGAAUUAUCUGUAUUACUAAUGCAAAAAGUGACAGUCACGUUCGGAUGCUUGAGGACUGUGUGCAAGAAACCAUUCAUGAGCAUAACAAGCUUGCAGCUAAUUCAGAUCAUCUAAUGCAGAUUCAGAAAUGUGAGUUGGUCUUAAUCCACACUUACCCAGUUGGUGAAGACAGCCUUGUUUCAGAUCGCCCUAAAAAAGAGCUUUCCCCUGUUUUAACCAGUGAAGUGCACAGUGUCCGUGCGGGCAGACAUCUGGCUACAAAACUGAAUGUUUUAGUACAACAGCACUUUGAUCUGGCUUCAACCACAAUAACUAACAUUCCUAUGAAGGAAGAACAACAUGCUAACACAUCAGCUAACUAUGAUGUGGAACUUCUUCAUCACAAAGAGGCACACGUUGACUUUUUAAAGAGUGGUGAUAAUCAUACAGGUGGCAAUAGCAGAGAAGGCACGUUUAAAGAAACUGUAACAUUAAAAUGGUGUACUCCUCGAACAAACAGUGUGGAAUUACACUAUUGCACUGGAGCGUACAGAAUUUCACCAGUAGAUGUAAAUAGCAGACCUUCUUCAUGCCUUACUAACUUUCUUCUUAAUGGUCGUUCUGUUUUGUUGGAACAACCGCGCAAGUCUGGCUCUAAAGUAAUUAGUCACAUGCUCAGCAGCCAUGGAGGAGAAAUCUUUCUGCAUGUAUUAAGCAGCUCGCGAUCAAUUCUGGAAGAUCCCCCAUCGAUUAGUGAAGGGUGUGGUGGAAGGGUUACUGACUACCGGAUUACAGAUUUUGGUGAAUUUAUGAGGGAAAACCGAUUAACUCCUUUUCUAGAGCCCAGAUAUAAGAUCGAUGGAAGUCUUGAAAUUCCAUUGGAACGUGCAAAAGAUCAGUUAGAGAAACAUACUCGUUAUUGGCCUAUGAUUAUUUCUCAGACUACCAUCUUCAACAUGCAAGCUGUAGUGCCAUUGGCCAGUGUGAUUGUAAAAGAAGCAAUGACUGAUGAGGAUGUUCUGAAUUGUCAAAAAACAAUAUACAAUUUGGUAGAUAUGGAGAGGAAAAAUGAUCCACUGCCUAUUUCAACAGUUGGUACCAGAGGAAAAGGUCCAAAAAGAGAUGAACAGUACCGGAUUAUGUGGAAUGAACUGGAGACCCUUGUACGAGCACACAUCAACAACUCUGAUAAACACCAGCGAGUCUUGGAAUGUUUGAUGGCUUGCAGGAGCAAACCCCCAGAAGAAGAGGAGCGCAAGAAACGAGGUAGAAAGAGAGAAGACAAAGAAGACAAGUCAGAGAAGUUGGGCAAAGACUAUGAAUCAGAUAAGUCAUGGCAAGAAUCAGAAAGGUUAAAAGGUCUUUUGGAUCGUGAAAAAGAAGAACUGGCAGAAGCUGAAGUUAUCAAAGAUUCCCCUGAUUCUCCCGAGCCACCCAACAAAAAGCCUCUUAUUACGAUGGAUGAAAUGCCCACAGUUGAAAAGGCGAAAGGGCCAAUGUCCUUGCUGUCUUUAUGGAGCAACAGGAUUAAUACUGCCAACUCUAGGAAACACCAGGAAUUUAUUGGUCGUUUGAACUCUGUCAACAAUAAAGCUGAGCUAUAUCAACAUCUGAAAGAAGAAAAUGGAAUGGAAACGACAGAAAAUGGAAAAGCAGGCCGGCAGUGAUGAUUAAUUUUGUUUCUUUGGACAAAACUUGGCCGAAUUGCAAAAAUGUUUAAUGCUGGAAUUGAUAUUGGUACCAUUUCAGUACAAUUGUAUAGCUCUGUUUUGGUUUUUACAUUUUUCUAUUCUUAUUUUUGCUAUGAAAUAUGAAACCCAUGUAUCACAUUAAAUGAAUAGUGUGCAAAUAGGAGCUGUCCUGAAGUAUUUUAGUCAUGUUUUCGGAAUGAAGAAAACUUGUGCUGCCAUGGACUAAAUCAAGUACUCAAAAAUGUUAGUCAGAGUUUAAAGUCCUUUCCCAUAAGUACUGUUUAAUAUUUCGAAAUCAGUGAUAACUAUUUAAAAAAAA